AUGGCAGUUUCAACAUUAAGAGUUACACCUAGCUGGAGAAAGUUUAAUCUGGACAUCGAUAUCCCAGAUAUAGAUACUGAAUACCGACGUAAGAAAAUGAAAUUUUCCUACGAUCAGUGGGAAGACACUACAGUCACAGGCAGCAGCCAUGGUGUCUGUAUGAAGAAAGGCUUACGACCUCAAAUGGAGGAUGCUUACCGAAUCAUCGAAAACUUCCAAAACAAGCCACAUUGUAGCGCCUUUGGAGUUUUUGAUGGCCAUUCAGGCAACACAGCAUCAAAAUUUGCUUCAAAACGACUCCUAGAUAAUCUUGAAAAAAAUGACAAUGAAGGCUUAAGAAAAGCGUUUGAAACCACGGACAAAGCUUACUGCUCCCUUAACUCAAGUCAAGAAGGAGGCUCCACAGCAGCAGUAGCAAUCAUAGAAGACAAUACUCUGCGAAUCGCUAAUGUAGGAGAUUCAAAAAUUUUACUUAUAAGUGAUGAGGAAACUGAACUUCUCACUCAUGAUCAUCUAGCAUCAGACCAAAGCGAACAAAUCAGAAUCGAAGAAGCUGGUGGGUAUGUUUUUCCUGUUGGAAAAGUGCUAAGAGUACACGGACAGUUAGCACUUUCCCGCAGUUUAGGACACUCCAAGCUUAAAGAUUUUGUUAUUUCAGAGCCUUAUGUAACUGAAAGGCAGAUUUCUAAAAAUGAUCUGGCUUUAGUUAUAGCGACAGACGGGCUUUUUGACACCUUAAACAAAGAAGAAAUUGGGAAGAUUUUUAGGAGUAGACAGGAUUUGCAGCCUUUUGAAAUGGCUGAGUUGUUGGUCCAGGAAGCAAUAAUGAAAGGAUCAAAGGACAACAUUACUUGUAUUGUAGUAAAUUUGAGAGAGUACAGUCUUAAAUAA